GCAGCUCGGGCAGCCCGGGUCCUGAACAGCUCGGUGUUAGCACGUGUGCUCUGCUGUCACCAUGGCGGAUCUGCAGAUGAAACUUCUCCGCAAGAAGAUUCAAAAAAGAAGUGAAAAGAACAAAGAACGCAAAUUGCAGAAGAAACAGACGGAAAUUGAGGAAUCCGUUACAGUAAACUCAACCGACUUGGAAGAAGAAGUUUGUCAGGAUUCAGCCUUAAAGACGGAGAGUGAACCCAAACCCAAACUAAAGCGAGCUGAGGAGAGAGGUGUGCCCAAGAAGAAGAAGAAGAGGAAACUAACGGAAACUGAUGAACCAACAGAUGAGAAGAAGAGUAAAACUGUGACAGAUGAAGAGGAGGAGGAGGCGGCAGCAGCAGAGGAUGGUGGAGGAACAUCUAACAAUAAAACCCUGUUAACUGCAGAUGAAGAGGAGGAUGACAAGUCUGGGGAGGAGGGAGAGGAAGAUGAUCAGCCCGAAUUACCCUCUGGUCUAACAGGAGCGUUUGAAGACGCAUCGUUUGCCUCCCUCGUGGACCUGGUGAGUGAGAACACCCUGAACGGAGUGAAGGAGAUGGGGUUCGAACACAUGACUGAGAUCCAGCACAAAACCAUCCGCCCUCUGCUGGAGGGAAGGGACGUCCUGGCUGCUGCCAAGACUGGGAGUGGAAAAACCUUGGCCUUUUUAAUUCCAUCUGUGGAGCUGAUUUACAAGCUGAAGUUCAUGCCCAGGAACGGCACCGGCGUGGUGAUCCUCUCCCCCACGCGUGAGCUGGCCAUGCAGACGUACGGCGUGAUGAAGGAGCUGAUGACCCACCACGUGCACACCUACGGCCUCAUCAUGGGCGGCAGCAACCGCUCGGCCGAGGCCCAGAAGCUGGCUAACGGAGUCAACAUCCUGGUGGCCACGCCGGGCCGCCUGCUGGACCACCUGCAGAACACCCCGGGGUUCAUGUUCAAGAACCUGCAGUGUCUGAUCAUCGACGAGGCCGACCGGAUCCUGGAGGUCGGGUUUGAGGAGGAACUGAAGCAGAUCAUCAAGCUGCUGCCCAAGAGGAGACAGACCAUGCUGUUCUCAGCCACCCAGACCAGGAAGGUGGAGGACUUGGCUCGCAUCUCCCUGAAGAAGGAGCCGCUGUACGUCGGGGUGGACGACAACAAGGAUAACGCCACGGUGGACGGCCUGGAGCAGGGCUACGUGGUCUGUCCAUCAGAGAAGCGUUUCCUGCUGCUCUUCACCUUCCUGAAGAAGAACCGCAAGAAGAAGCUGAUGGUUUUCUUCUCCUCCUGCAUGGCCGUCAAGUUCCACUACGAGCUGCUCAACUACAUCGACCUGCCCGUCAUGGCCAUCCAUGGCAAGCAGAAGCAGACCAAACGCACCACCACCUUCUUCCAGUUCUGCAACGCUGACUCAGGCAUCCUGCUGUGUACAGACGUGGCAGCUCGAGGGCUGGACAUCCCAGAGGUGGACUGGAUCGUCCAGUACGACCCCCCCGAUGACCCCAAGGAGUACAUCCACCGGGUGGGCAGGACGGCCCGGGGCAUCAACGGCCGAGGCCACGCCCUCCUCAUCCUCCGGCCCGAGGAGCUGGGCUUCCUGCGCUUCCUCAAGCAGGCCAAGGUUCCACUCAGUGAGUUUGACUUCUCCUGGAGCAAAAUUUCCGAUAUCCAGUCCCAGUUGGAGAAGCUGAUUGAGAAGAACUACUACCUGCACAAGUCUGCCCAGGAAGCGUACAAGUCGUACGUGAGGGCGUACGACUCCCACUCCCUCAAGCAGAUCUACAGCGUCAACACCCUCAACCUCCCCAUGGUGGCGCUGUCCUUCGGCUUCAAGGUCGUCCCCUACGUGGAUCUGAACGUUCACAGCAGUAAAGGAGGAAAGCUGCAGAAGCGCGGCGGCGGCGGAGGCUUCGGCUACCAGAAGAACAGGAACGUACACAAAUCCAAGAUCUUUAAGCACGUCAGCAAAGGAAGGAGUGACAAGAGACAGUUCUCCCGCUGAGCAUUUUCAAGAAAAACUGCAUUCCUGGCUGGAUUUCUCCUCUGUAAAACUUCAAGGACUGCUUAUUAAUCCCAUUUCCAUCCUGCUUUUCACAGGGCUGUACAGUUAACUGUUUCCUUUGGGAACAGGUUGUUAGUUGACUUUGUCUUUUGGUAAAACCUCUUAUUGUACUCUCAAUGGCCUGUUUAAUUUAAGUUGAACAAACGAUUGCUUCUCUUCAUAACUGAUUUUCAUUAUAAAUAUAACCAAGUGUGUAAUUCAAGUCACUUUUUUAAUAAACUCGCAUUCAUUGUUAGUUUCUUGCAAG